AUGUUUACAGCUGGCAAUCCGAUGGUAUUUAAGAAAAGUUCUCCCAAUGGAAAAAUCACAGUGUACUUGGGGAAGAGAGAUUUUGUUGACCACAUCACACAUGUAGACCCAAUAGACGGUGUAGUGCUCAUUGAUCCAGAGUAUCUGAAGGACAGGAAAGUGUUCGGACAUGUAUUAUCAGCUUUUCGUUAUGGUCGUGAAGAUUUGGAUGUUUUAGGCCUCACCUUUCGCAAGGAUUUGUAUCUAGCCUCAGAGCAGAUCUUUCCACUUGAUCCUGCGAAUAAGAGGCCACUAACUAGAUUACAGGUAGGAACGCCUAUCAAGAAAUUAGGGCCAAAAACCUUUCCAUUUUCUUUGGCUUCCCCCCACUGCCCCGCAUCAGUUUUCACUGAAAAACCAGCACCUGGGGAUAUGGGCAAACCCUGGGGGGUGGAUUAUGAACUGAAGGCAUAUGUUGGGGACUCUGUGGAUGACAAACCCCAUAAAAGGAAUUCGGUGCGACUGGCAAUCCGGAAAGUGAUGUAUGCCCCCAUAAAGCAGGGGGACCAACCUAGUGUGGGGGUUAGCAAGGAUUUUUAUGAUGUCCCAAACAAACUACAUCUUGAAGCUUCUUUAGACAAAGAGUUAUAUUAUCAUGGAGAAACAGUAGCCGUUAAUGUCCAUAUACAGAAUAAUUCUAAUAAGAGCGUCAAGAAAAUUAAAGUAUCAGGUAAGUGUUUUGUGUCUUUUUGAUUAGCAACCUUAGUAAUUUUAUUUAGUAAUUUAAGCAUACAAACAGAGGUACAAAAAAUACAGGUAAGAGCAGCAUGCCAAAGCCACUUAUAUGCAUAGCAUUACGGGCUGGCUUAAAAUUAACUUAAGAUUAACUAAGCAAUGAUAAAAUCAGUGAUAAAACAUUAUUGUAAACAGAUAACUAUAAAGCACAAAUGAGU